CCCCGCCCGCACCCCCUGGGGAGCUGAAGGCAUCUAAGGCCCCCCACUUGGGCUCGUCGGGUCCCCCCCCGCGGCGUGCCGCUCUUCUGCUGGCGUCUGCCGCGGCCGUCGCGUAAAAUGCGGCGUCUUAACUGGACCAAAGUUCAGCCCAGUGAAGAAUCGAUCUGGAAGGAAGUAGUGACAAGGCUCGACUCCGAUGCUAAGACCUCCAUCGACUACGCGGCCUUAGAGUCGCUCUUCGGGCAAACUGAGAAAACCUCCGCGGACGCUUCCGAUUCCGUAGGAUCCACUCCGUUGCCGACAAAGAAGAAGGACUCCCUCAUCGCCUUCAUGGAUCCUAAGAAGUCCAUGAACCUGAACAUCACAUUGAAGGCAUUCAAGGGUACAACGGAGGAUGUCGUAGCCAUCAUACGGAACGGUGAUGCGACCAAGGUGGACAUUGACCAUCUCCGGAGUCUCUUUAAAGUCUUGCCGGACAAGGAAGAGGUGGACCAAGCCGUCGAGCACGAGGCGGAUGCCUCGCGCCUCGCGCCCGCAGAACAAUUCUGCCUCGCGCUCUCUAGAGUACCGAUGUACUCACUUAGAGUGUCCGCCAUGAUUCAGACGGGUGAGGUCGGCCCAACCGUGGCCCGCCUUAGGCCCCAGCUGGAGGGCCUCCUGACGGCGGCUGAUGUCAUCCACACCAGCGACUCGGUGAAGCUCUUCUUCGCGCAGGUCCUCGCGCUCGGCAACUUCAUCAACUCGGGAAGCUACGCAGGCAACGCCGCUGGGUUCAGCCUUGCGACGCUGGCCCGCGUGUGGGAGACGCGCGCCAACGAGGCGGGGCUGACGCUGCUGCACCACAUCGUUGCGACCUGUAGUCAGCAGCCUGCUGACCUGCUGGCCUUCACCAGCCAGCUAGCCUGCCUUCAGGACGUGAUCGGGCUGUCGGUGGAGGCGCUAGCCGCGGAGGUGCAGGCUCAGGUCGCCGCCGUGGCGCUGACAGCAUCGCAGCUGCAGGCCGCCCCGCCUGACGUCGCCAACACCUUCAUCGAACCAGUGACGUCGUGUAGCAUGCAGCUGGCAGACCUGCAGCAGCUGGUGGAGCAGCUGGAGCAGCGGCGGCUCUUGCUCGCAAAUUAUUUCUCAGAGAACGAGAAGAAAUUCCGCCUCGAGGAUUGCUUUGCCAUCUUCCAUAACCUCUGCUGCAAGAUAGCGGACGCCCGCAAGGAGCUGGAGCGGAGGGCGGAACUGAAGGCGAAACAGCUUCGACAUCAGCAAUAUCAGGAGGAACGUAACAAAGAACUGGAGAGACGUCAGUCUCUACGUCAGCUCGCUGACGCCAGCUCCCCACGUCAUCCUGAACGACGAAGUCGUCAGGCUGACGUCAAACGUCAGCAAGAAGCUGACAGUGAACGUCUCGCUGACGUCGAACUGCGUCACAAGAAACGACGUGUCAGGAAGCCAGGCUACCUGACGUCAGGCGCUGACGACGCGUGUCUGCUAGACCAGCUACUUGCUGACAUCAGCAAAGCAAACUACACGCUUAGAGGGUCUCUCUGAUGCGCACGGGCUACCAGUGGUUCCCAAACUUUUUCAGGCUGGCGCUCCCUUUGGCUCCCUGGUGAAUUUCUAGCGCCCCCCACAGACACAUGUAAAAACAUUCGCCUCUUUCUUUAAAUUUAGUACGCUGCAAUUUUAAAAGACGAAGGUUGAACAUAAAUGUUUAUUUCACAAAUAGAACCCCAUUCAGUGAAACAAUAUGUUUUCAAGCUGUCUUAACUGUUUCAGCACUAGAAACCUAGGACGUAUUGGGCAAAUUUACGG